AUGACCGACAUACUAUCAGCGCAUGGCGGGCAUGAUCACUCUCUGUUCCGUGACCUAUUCCAGAAUGCACUGAUGAUGCCGCACCUUAUGGAUCAACUUCUUGCCAUUUCUGCGCUGCACCUGAGUACAUUAGCACCACAAUUAUCCAGGAAAGACAUGCGUCUCUGCCAGGCUGCACAACUACGCGAUCGUGCUCUUGAGGCUUUUCAGACGGAAAUUGCUUCCGAAAACAACGGUCUAUACACUUCACUAUUCUAUACGCUCUCAGGUCUUCACAGCCUGUGCGAUACACUUUCAUUUCGCGACGAAUUUUCCGAAGUCCUGGAUCGUUUUGUACUUUUCAUCCGGUCGCAGCAAGAAUGUCGACGCCAGGUACAGCAAUAUUCGAACCUCAGAGACUCACCGUUCGCGCCUCUAUACCAGACCAUCAUUGCAGCUGCCGUAGUCGUGGCGCAGGAGUGUGGUGGGCAUGACUAUGACGAGCUGUUAUGUCGUCUAGAGACUACCGGCCUCAAUCCAAUAAAUGUGGAGGUAUGCAAGGACGCGAUCAAGCGUUUACAGUGGGUGUCUGAUAUGAGGCGACAGCUACACGGGCACACAGAUGGCGCAGUGCAUCUUCUCCUAGCUUGGCCGGCGUUAAUCUCGGAUUCCCUUAUCAACCUCAUAGACCAACGUCAACCUGAGGCGCUUAUUAUUCUCACACACUACGCCGCCAUGCUUCGUCGUAGUGGUUUCUGGAUUUUCACUAGCAGCGGAGCUAUACUUGAGCAAUUGAUCUCUAGGCAUCUCGGCUCGUACUGGCAAGAUUGGCAAGAGGAUAUUUCGGCAAUUGAUCCUGUCUGGCCAGGAAGGGCAACAAGCUGA